AUGGCAUCUGAACCCGACAAGACCGUCUUCGAAGCCUUGAUGAGCAACUACAAGAGAGAAAAAAGCCUUUCGACUCCCUCCGCUCUGACGGAUGAAGAACGGCGUGUAUUUCUCGAUUUUCCUGGUGUGGAUAUGGAGACAGCAAAUAUCAGAGCGGUGACGGCUCUUUCGCGUGAGGAGUUGAUUGAGAAAGCUGUUAAGGAUUCGAGCAGCCUCAUGCAAGAAGAAACAAUACUACUACAAGACCGGUUCUGGACGCCUGGUACAGAAGCGGAGCACUCGGUGAUCUGGCAAAACCUUUUGGAAACGGAAACAAUCAUCAUGGGAGAAGAAGGAGCAGCAUUUUCAGAAACUCGAAAACCCGCCUAUCUUCCCGACGAGCGAGAAUCGUUUUCCAUCGGAUCCAGAGAGGUGUGGGGGCGGCCCGCCCGCGCAAGAGAAAUGCAAGCCAGUGCCAUGGCUGAGGCCGCCCUGCCCGAUGCCCCAGAAUGGAUUUGCCGGCUGUAUAGAGAGGGAAAGAAGUUGUGGGGGUUUGCGGUUCUGUAUGAUGGGACGAUGCAGGGGCUGAAUGCGGAAACUCUGGACUUUUUUCAGUGUCGUUGGGAGGCUCGUGUUGAAAAUGUGUUCAAGUACAAUAGCUCAAAAGAUAUUAUUGAUGCGAAAUGGUGGAUGAUUCCGUUCAAUGCGCCAGGUUCUGCGGCGGUACCUUAUGUGUCUGGGGCUGGGACUGCUUUAGAUGCAAGCGAUAGUGGCAGUCAACAAGAUGGCGUGGUGCUUAGAAGCGCCUUUCGCGAGAUCCUACAGAAUCCUCUGCAGUAUGAGCAGAGAGCGGAUAUCGCACCCAUCACCGCGCUCGGCGAAACACGUGAGUUUGACCACUACAUGGACGGACUUGCUGCUUCGGGCAUCCUCACCAAUACUUUUCUAGUCUUUGAUCGCAUAUGCAUGACCUCGGUUCUUGAAUCCGACUACUCCAUCGAAAGUAUGCGGAUCCGUGCCUUUGAGGCCGAUUAUCCUGUGCCGGGGAAAAUAUACGCAGAAGGGUAUCAGGGGUACACGUGGGUGAGGCUAGACCAGUUGGUAUAUUAUUUCUAUGAGUUGAGGUUGAUGAAAGCAGAUAAGGUAGGUAUGGAUGAGAUAUGGCAAGCUGCACAGCAGAGUCUGAACACUGCGUUUGUCAGUAUGGAUCCUGAGGAAGCAGGCAAUUGGACACGGUCGAAUCCGAUGGCUGGGUUUGAGCGUGACAGUAUUCUGGGAAAGAGAAAGUAUGCUAAGAAAUAA